GCUGCUGGCUGCUUACCUAUCCAAAUCCAGCCUUGAUUCUGGAGUCUAUCUCAACACUUGAUUGGGUCGUGAUUCAUUCCAGAUCCUCAAAGAGUUCUAUGUUUGCUUUAGUAAUCACAAUUUUAGCUAAUGCACCGCGCACGCCAUCCCUACUGACUGCCUUUCUCUUGAUUUCUCAGCGUAUCAGCCUCCGAUUCCAUACAAGACGUCAUCCCCUUGCCCCACUAUCUUCAGUGCGCAUUUCUCUGUAUUUGCAAAGCGUCGUGUAUACUUAAAGUCAGCAGUAGGCACCGAUGCAAGCGUUUGGGAAUUUCCGGAGAGUAGCACUUGUGAGCACAUCUAGCCAAACGGUGUCAACAAGAAUAUCUGGUCUUUGCCGGCACUUCUCAUCUACCCCGCACAGCAUGGCGCCUAUAUCGAAGGAGACGGAUUACCUCGUCAUUGGCGGGGGUAGCGGCGGUCUCGCCUCAGCGCGCAUGGCCAGCGGCAAGUUCGGCGCAAAGUCCAUGGUUAUAGAAGGCAGUCGGCUCGGUGGCACAUGCGUCAACGUCGGGUGUGUGCCCAAGAAGGUGACAUUCAACGCAGCCCUCAUUGCGGAAACGAUACAUGAGGCCAAGUCUUACGGCUUCUCGGUGCAAGAAAGCAAGCCCUUCGAUUUUACCUCGUUCAAGCACAAGCGGGAUGCAUACAUCAAACGACUCAACGGCAUCUACGAGCGGAAUCUCAAGAAUGACAGUGUCGAAUAUGUCCACGGCUGGGCCAAGCUUCUGAACAAGAACGAGGUGGAAAUCACUACCGACGAUGGCUCCAAGUCGACGGUGCGGGCGAAGAAGAUUCUGAUUGCUACUGGCGGCAAUCCUACAGCUCCGCCGUCGAAUAUCCCAGGAUCUGAAUUUGGGCUGAACAGUGACGGGUUCUUCGACAUUGAGACGCUACCAAAGAAGGUGGUGCUCGUGGGAGCUGGGUAUAUCGCCGUCGAGUUCGCUGGCAUGUUCAACGCUUUGGGCAGCGAGACGCAUCUCUUCAUCCGUCACAAUACCUUCCUGCGCACUUUCGACUCCAUGAUUCAGAACGGCGUGACAGAGGAGUACGAGAGACUGGGUGUACACUUGCACAAGGAGUCCGUGCAAACCAAGAUCGAGAAGAAUCCCGAGACGGGCAAGCUCACCAUCUACUACAAGGAUAGAGACGGCGAGAGCAAGCUCGAGGACAUCGACCACCUUAUCUGGGCCAUCGGUCGCACCCCAGCAUCCAAGGACAUCGGGCUGGAGGAUGCCGGCAUCAAGAUGACGGAGAAGGGCCACAUCAUCGCCGACGAUUUCCAAAACACAUCUGUCGAGAACAUCUACGCACUCGGUGAUGUCUGCGGCAAGGUCGAGCUGACCCCCGUAGCCAUCGCCGCCGGCCGCCGCCUGGCCGAGCGCCUCUUCGGCGGCGAGCAGUUCAAGGCCGCCAAACUGGACUACAGCAACAUCCCGUCGGUCGUCUUCGCGCACCCGGAAGUGGGCUCCAUCGGCCUCACAGAGCCCGAGGCUGUGGAGAAAUACGGCAAGGAGAACAUCAAGGUUUACAACACGAGUUUCACGGCUAUGUACUACGCCAUGAUGGAGCCCGAGGACAAGGGCCCUACCAAGUACAAACUGAUCUGUGCGGGGCCCGAGCAGAAGGUCGUGGGGCUGCACAUCAUGGGUCUGGGCAGCGGCGAGCUGCUGCAAGGAUUCGGUGUCGCCAUCAAGAUGGGCGCCACCAAGAAGGAUUUCGAUUCGUGUGUGGCCAUUCAUCCUACGAGUGCCGAAGAGUUGGUUACAUUAAAAUAGGAGGGGCGGCUUCGGAGACCAAUGAUGUAGAUCGAUAAAUUUAGAACUUGGUAUUUAGAAAAAACCAAUCAUGUGGCCUUGUGUAUAUUGCUUACGGCU